CUCUAGUCAUCAACCAAUGGCAUUCAAUUAACGUUACGCUUGAGGAGUAGAACUUCGACGGUAGGACGUGCUUGAGCGGCAAGUUGCACUUUCUCCUUAAUUUCAGAGAAUUAUCGGUGAAGAAAUCAGAAUGUCAGAUCUCAGAGAUAGCUGCGGAGACAGUGGCACCAAGAGGAGGAUAGCUGCCACUCUGGUGAUGCGCGGAGCCUCGGAACUCCAGCCCAGGCGACUGAUGGGCCGAGGGGCCCUGUCAGUGGUCCACACCCCUGCCACCUCCACCAGGCAACCUGCCAGUGAGAGCAGGGAGGAGUAUGACGCAUUCAGUGGCGCAGACUGCCCCGUGCCCAUGUCGUUGACACCACUCCUGGACCUCCUGGAGCCAGAAGCCCCACUGAUGAUGGAGGAGUCGGACUCCACGGGGCAGUGUUCGGACACGGCUAGCGUCAAGAGCCCCGAGCUGCCGGGCUUGGUAUCUUUGGAGGGGAGCCCCAAAGCCCCUCAUUGCCCAGUCUGGCCGGAUGAGGAGGAGGAGGACUCAGACGAAGACUCCGGCGACAAUUACUCUCUCCCGUCCCCCUCAUCUCCUGUGAGAGUGUAUGAGCAGGGUGAUUGCCCUGAGCAGAAAAGCGCCAUUGCUUUCUCUCCAAAGGGAGACCAGAUCAGUGAAGUGAAUGUGGCUGACUGGCACAAGAACCGCGUGGCGGCGGUGUGUAGCGUGUGCUUGGACGAGCUUCUGAAGAACCACGCAGAGUACAAGAGCACAAAGAGUUGUGUGGCCGCCUUCGUACUGGAGAAACUGGUGACUGACGCAGGAGGCCGCCAGAGUGAGCUGUACGAGGUGGUGGCCCUGGGUACGGGGCAGAGCUGCAGCUCCGGCUGGCUGUCCUUCACCGGCACCCUGGUGCACGACUGCCACGCCACCAUCAUCGCACGCCGAGCUCUCAAAAGAUAUAUAUACAAACAGCUCCUGCUGUUCUACAGUUCGGAUCCGCAUGUGAGUCGCCAUUCCAUAUUCGAGAGGCCAGCCGAUGGGAUGCCCCUUCAGCUCAAGCCAAAGAUCUACCUGCACCUCUACACCAACCAGACUCCUAAAGGAGCCGCCCAGUGCCCUUUGAUGAAGCUGAAGAGUGGCAACUACGAGUCCCUCAAGCUGAACUGCUUUGCCAAAGGCUCCCUGGUGCCAGCGUCGCUGGUGCCCAUCAGCGUGUGGGCGGCCCGCAUCUGCUGCAUGGCCGACAGCGACAAGCUGACCCGCUGGACCGCCACCGGAGUGCAGGGGGCGCUCUUGAGCCACUUCAUCCAGCCACUCUACAUUACCAGUGUGACCCUCGCGGGGGCGUCCAGCAGCUACUAUGAGCACGUGUCGGACACCAUCAACAAGCGCCUGGGCGACGGCUGGCAGGACGCGCUGCCGCACCCCUACAAGGCCAGCAGCAUCUUCUUCCUGCCCGGAGACAACAUCGGGCCCCUGCUGCCCUCGGACAGAUGCAAGGACCUCAGCAUCAACUGGAGCCGUGGCGACAGCAGCAUCGAGAUCGUGGACGGCACCGUCGGGCACAUCAUUGACUGCUCUCCGUAUGUGAGCGGCACCGGCCUCACAAGCCGACUGUGCAAGAGAGCCCUGUACUACAGCUUCCGCAAAGUGGCCUCCCAGGCAGGCCAGCAGGACCUGCUAGCAUUCGCCUCCUACAGCAAUGCCAAGAUGGCUGCUCAGUUAUACCAGGAGGCCAAAGCUGUGGUCAGCCAGCAGUUCCGUACAAACGACGCCGGACCAUGGAACUCCAAACAGCUGGUGGACAGCUUCAAACGCUGAUCAGUUUUCCAUCUUUCGUAUGUAGGAGAAGGAUGCCUCUUUGUAUACCUUGCUUUUCACAAUGUCUAAGAGGACCAUGUUGAUGUUUUGCAUUUAUGAUUAUGUUACAUGUUCAGAUCCAGCUUUUCUAAGUUCUCAACUAGCGGAACAAUGCUACAUUUUUAGUAAGGUCAGUUAAGUUUUAUGUUGUUUUAUUUUUUUUUAUCUUUUUAAACCUCAAGGAAGGAAAACAAAAAAACCAACAAACAAAGCAUCCAAGAACUGUUCUUUUUUUAUUAUUUGAGAGAUUUGAGAUUUGUAAAAGUGCAAUUUUUUUGUACCAUAACCACUAGAUCAUGCCAGGGGACAGCGAUAAAUAGGCAGCUAUUGUUAUUUUGACUCCCAUAUGCUCCGAUCCCAUCCUGGAAAUGAUCCUCUGAUCUGCACCAGUACUUCCCUUGGCCUUGACCCUACCCCUGUACAACGAGGCCUUUGGAGAACCCAAAUGCUGACUCGAGGUUCUUUCCCAUAAUUCCUUUUUUUUUUUUUUUUUUUUUUUGAAGCCCACAGCAGCUGGUGACUCAGUAUGUGUCCUGCUGUACCAGCUCUUGCACCUCAAGACAGUUCACCUCAUUUAUCAACAUGACACGCAAACACAAACAUUCACUGGGUGUGGAAAGCACAGCAUAUAUUGGCUCAUGUAUGGUUGUUACGUCAGUGCUAACUUAGGUUUGUGUCUGACUUGGUCAAAGAAAAUAAAAAAAACUGUUUAUGGAAGCUCUAGUUUGUGUGGUGUAGGAACUACAAUUGCACACAGAAGCAUGACAUCCAAAU